AUGCUGUCAUGACAGUUGUUCAAGGCUGGUCCCGGCCGAUUCGGUUCACAGCUUGAGCACUGCUUUCCUUAUCCCUGUUUGCAUUGCGCAACAGCUUUACUGGCAGAGUAUAAAGGCAGCGCACAGAGUCGAUCAGGGUGUGAGUAGGCUGCAGAGUGGCAACUGAGAAGAACAUGCUGCUGUCCGUGAUCCUCACCGCCGGGCUCACAGCACUCGUAGCUACUGGGCAAAAAGCAGAGCAGCCAGAAGUGGUGACCAAAUACGGCACUGCCCGAGGAUACCAAAUCAAAGUUGAUGCGGCUGAGAGGAGCGUAAAUGUCUUUCUGGGACUUCCUUUUGCUAAGCCUCCUGUUGGACCACUGAGGUUUUCUGAGCCCCAGCCUCCUGAGCCAUGGCAAGGUGUCAGAGAUGCCACUUCCUACCCACCAAUGUGUCUACAGGAUAAAGUAACAGGACAGUUUGUUUCAGAUUUAGUUACUAAUAGAAAAGAAAAAGUUCGUCUCCAGGUGUCUGAAGAUUGCUUAUACCUGAAUAUAUAUACACCUGUUUCCACAAAAACACAGGAGAAGCUGCCGGUCUUUGUAUGGAUCCAUGGAGGUGCAUUAGUUUUUGGAGCAGCAUCAUCCUAUGAUGGCUCAGCAUUAGCAGCCUUUGACAACGUGGUUGUUGUGGCAAUUCAGUACAGAUUGGGUAUAGCUGGAUACUUUAGCACUGGGGAUAGGCAUGCUCGUGGUAACUGGGGGUAUUUGGACCAAGUGGCAGCUCUUCAGUGGAUUCAGGAAAAUAUCAUACACUUUGGAGGAGACCCGGGAUCUGUCACCAUCUGUGGUGAAUCUGCAGGGGGAAUCAGUGUAUCUGCUCUGGUCUUAUCUCCACUGGCAAAGGGCUUGUUCCACAAGGCCAUUUCAGAGAGUGGUACUACAAUUAGGGCUUUAUUCACUGAAAAGCCUGAGAAGGAAGCACAGAGAAUUGCUGCUGCAUCUGGCUGCGAAAAGUCCAGUUCUGCCGCUCUGGUUGAAUGCUUAAGAGGAAAAACAGAGGAAGAGAUAGAACAGAUAACUCUAAAAAUGGUAGGACAACACUGCAUCUAUGCCAUACCUCACCUGAAAAAUGUGAACAGGUUCCUUCUCUUUAACUCUGCAGCUGUGCGCAUCAGUGCCUGUGUGGAUGGUGUAUUUCUUCCAAAGAGUCCCAAGCAAUUACUGUCUGAAAAAGCAAUCAAUGCAAUCCCCUAUAUACUAGGAAUAAAUAACUGUGAAUUUGGAUGGGGCCUUCCUAAAAUGAUGAAAUUUCCUGAUUUUACACACGGUCUGGACAGAGAAGUUGCGCAUCAAUUGUUACAGAACUCAUUAGAGUCAUCAUUUGAGGGUGUUUCUUCUCACAUUGUUGAUCUUGUAUUCAAUGAAUACAUUGGGGAAGCAGAGAGCCGUGCUCAGGUGCGAGAUGCCCUUUUUGAUGCAAUAGGAGAUCACAUGUUUACUUUCCCAGCCAUUGAAGUGGCUAGGUACCACAGAGAUGCUGGCCACCCAGUCUACUUCUAUGAAUUUCAACAUCGACCAAGCACAGCCUCAGGCGUCGUUCCAGAGUUUGUAAAGGCAGAUCAUGGAAGUGAGAUUGCCUUUGUCUUUGGAAGGCCAUUCUUAGCAGGGAAUGCUACGGAAGGAGAAAGUAAACUUAGCAGAACUGUUAUGAAGUACUGGACUAACUUUGCUAGAAACGGAAAUCCCAAUGGGGAAGGCUUGGUGCAUUGGCCUCAGUAUGGUCUGGAUGAAAGAUACCUGGAAAUAGACCUCAUACAAAAGGCAGCAAAGAAACUGAAAGAAGACAAAAUGGAGUUUUGGGUACAGCUCACAGAACAGAUGAGGAGUGAAAGAAGGCGAGAGCACACAGAUUUGUGAGAGCUGCAGAGGAUACAUUUUCCUUGUAAAACCUGAAGUCAAAAUUAAUUUGUCAGAAUGCCGAUUUUAAUCUUGACUUUCUACUCACUAAUAUGCAAAUUGUUGUCAUGAUCCCAGUGAAAGGAGACAAUGAAGGGAAGUGCAAAAUGCUCUUGGAAAUAAAAAUCAAUAAUGAAGUGAGCAGGUAAAAAUAAACAGUCCUUCAGGCUCAGACAGACUCUAGCAUCUUCUCAGUGGAUAUCUAAAUUGAAUGGUGUUCCUUUGAACAGGGAGAAGGAGGGGAAUAUUAGUAAAUACACUGAAAUCAAUAAGAAGUUAUACAGAAUAUAUGAUAGGUUUCAGAAUGUACUGUAUAUUCAUUCCACUCUUUUUAUCAAGAAGAUUGAGUCUGAUAUUCCUACCACCUCUUUUCACUUACUUUUAGUAAGUGAAAUAGGAAGGAAAUAGCUUGAGAGGAGGAGAGCGUCUAUCGAAAAAGUGCCAUGAGAUCACGUGUUUUCUUCUUCUGUAAAUUGUUAGAAAUACAUUGUACUUAUGAUUUUUGGGAUGUAUUUUCUUUCACAUAAUUUAGGCUGAUUCCAAGAGAGUGCUGUGAAGGCCACUAACAAGUACGAACAAAGAACUUCUAUUAAAGUGCAAACUGAUAA